UCAUGAAAUACUUCAUGCUUUUGAAGCUGACUUUGAAAGCUCCUAUUUUAACAAGAAAUGGUUGUCUGAUAAAUCUUACGAAAACUAUGAUGAGCUGAAAGAAGCUGUCGUUAAAAUAUAUUCCGGCUAUAGAAUUGAAAGUAUGAAUUUCACUGUUAAUGGAGAAAGAACAGCUGAAGAAAAUAUUGCUGAUAUUGGUGCUUUAAAGAUAGCGUAUGAGGCUUAUUUGCUAUGGAAAUCAGACCAUCCUGAUGCUAAGAAGACACUACCUAUACUAAAAAUGACAGAUUUACAGCUAUUUUUCAUGUCGUUUGCUCAGUCUUGGUGUUCUAAUGUAAGCCCUAAGGAAAAAUAUUUGUUCGAGAAUGCUGUACACUCUCCGAUGGAGGCAAGGGUUCAAGUUCCAUUAAAGAAUUCGAAGGAUUUUGCCGAAGCAUUCAAUUGUAAAAAAGGUUCAAACAUGAAUCCAUAUGUUAAAAGUGAAAUGUGGGCGAAAUAAAUGAAAACCGUCAUCUAGAAGUCUAUAUAUUUGUAAUAUGUUAGCAUGAAUGUAGAGGCAUAGAAAAUAUCAAUGGCAAUUUACUUAUAUAUCUCCACGAUACAAUCAUUAAUUAUCCGAACUGUUGCUAUAGUAACGAAGCUAAAUUAGGCAGAGUGAAGCCGCUUAGCAAAGAUUGACCUUAAACUCCGCUCUCAUGGAAGUGAUUUCUUCCAUUCUAUAAAAUUCUACCUUUGACUGUCUUAUUACUAAAUAUAUCUACUUCCAUGACUUUAAGUUUUAUUCUAAUUUAACUAUCGCUCUAUAUCUCUCUUCCUAUAAACUUUCUUUGACGUUAAAUCUAAUGACGGUUUUUUUUACAAAAUUGAGAGCCUUCCCUUCAUCAUAUACACAUUCAUCACGUUCUUUUAACAUGUCUGUGACGAUCUGGGGGGUGGCUAUAUCUUGGAAAUCCCUGGGCCCAAGUGCUUCUCUUCAUGGCAGGAUUAAUAGUCAAGAUUAUUUAAGCAUUUUAUCUGAUCUAAUUCAUCCUAUGGUUUCGAAACUCUUUCCGGAGGGAAACACAUUCGUUUAGAAUGAUAAUGCACCAAUUCACACAGCUAGAGUUGUUACCGAUUGGCACGAGGAACAUUCUAAUUAAGCUGAACCCCUUAUCUAGCCACUACAUUCACCAGAUCUCAAUAUUAUUGAACGUUUAGGGUGCAUUUUAGAAAAAAAAGUAAGGAGUCGAUAUUCUCCAAUAUCAUCACUACAAGAACUGGAGACUCUUUUUAGCUGAAGAAUUGACAAAAAUUCCUUUGAAAACAACUCAAACUUUGUGGAAUUCAAGCUGUAAUCACUGCCAAAGACGGUCCUAUCCUAUGCUAAAAUAAAUUUGUUUAAAAUUUUAA